GACAAAGCUGACUGGUGAGGAGGGCAGUGGGUACUUUUCUUUCAUUUCAUCUCUCCAGGGAUCUAUAUAUUAUUUGAUUUAAUCCCUCUUUUUUUAAUGUCAAAUCUCAUUCAAGAAUAUAGGGUUUUCUUACAACUUCAUUAAUUAUAUAUAGUCUUGGAACUAUAGAAAAAGGGGGAAAUAAUUAAAUCGAUAAACUCCAUCCAAAAUGGAAGUGGAGAAGGUUGUUUCUGUGCUUUCUCGCACUGGGAGGGAUUUGCAGAGGUAUAACGUCGAUGGCUGUCGCCAAGUAGUUGGCUGCAUUCCGUACAGAUACAGAAAAGAAACCCAAUCCAAAGCAAUUGAUGAUUUGGAGUUUCUUCUGGUCAGCUCGCAGAGAUGCCCUAGAAUGAUGUUCCCAAAGGGUGGUUGGGAAGAAGAUGAAUCAUUGGAAGAAGCAGCUCAUAGAGAGACCUUUGAGGAAGCUGGGGUUUGUGGAAAUAUUGGGAUUUGUCUAGGGUCAUGGUACUUUAAGAGCAAAAGCAAAGGCACAUUUCAUGAAGGGUUCAUGCUGCCAUUGUUUGUGACCGAUGAGAUGGACCAUUGGCCCGAAGAAAAUAUGCGCAAACGCCUAUGGGUCUCAUAUAGAGAAGCAAUGGAGUUGUGCUUCCAUCCUUGGAUGAAAGAAGCUCUGGAUUGCUUUAUCUCUCAGCUCAACCUGUCCCAAAGAGAAACAACAAUGAUGAAUUCGAACAACACACUAUCCAUGGAGACACCCAACACAAAAGAAGAAGAAGAAGAAGAAGAGCCAAGAAUGUGCCUUUCUUCUUCUACAUCUCAAAGCUUGCAAGCAAAGCACGGCGGCGGCGGCGGCGGAAUCUUGAUAUCGGAGGAACGUAGGAUUGUUGAAACCUCCAGGACCAUGUACUCAUUACAGUUGUCGUUGAUCACUGAGGUUAAAUCCUUGAGCAAUAUCGCUCUUUGUCUUCAGAGAAUGUUUGCAGAGCUUAUGAGACUCUUUGACCCGCCAUGGCUUGGCCUGGUGGCUCAAGGAUUGAAGGUAGCCGGCGAAAGACCGACAAGAACCACAACAACCUCGGAUGAACUAUCCGACGACCCUACCACGACUGGAUCGUUGACCGUUAUUAAUAAUAAUAAUUAUAGUAAUAAUAAUUAAGUAAGGAUGGAUAGAUGUAAUGGUAUAAGACUAUCCCAGUUCGAGCUAAUUAAUUAUGUGCAAAAGCCAUAGAGAUUAGCCCGGGAAUUGUGGAUUUGUGCACAAAUUUAGAUCAUUAUAUUAGUCCGUAUACAUUAAUUAGUGAUGGAUGUAUGCGUGUGUACAAAGUUGUGUAAUUUGAUAGCUCUCACAAUAGUCUCUCUGAAUUGAAAAUCUCUAUCCUAGCUACUAUGAUGAGUAUAUGAAUUUUCCCUCACUAUGAAUUAUUUUCACAAUAAACUUCACAUAUUGUAAUUAGACUACAUCUUUAAUU